CUAUAUAUAGCCUCAAACCAUCCUUGUAAGUCACAUCACAAAUUCAAUCUCUCUUCUAUUAGUACAAGUUGUUGUCCUGUUUCAUUGGUAGCAAGAAUGAACUACAGGGACUCAAGCCCGAAGCUCGAGCUCAAGCUCAACCUGUCCCCGCCCCGUAGGCAGGUGGGGUCCCCCCGCGAGUCGGUCUCGUCGGCGGACGUCUCCCCGCGAAGCUCGUGUGUCUCCCGGGAGACGAGCCCGGCUGGGGCCUCGCGCUGCUCGAGCAGCCCCGAGAGCAGCAGCAGCAUGAUGCUCGUGGGGUGCCCGCGCUGCUUGAUGUACGUGAUGCUGCUCGAAGAUGAUCCGAAAUGCCCCAAGUGCAAGAGCACUGUUUUGCUUGACUUCAUGCAUGAAGAGAAGGCCAGAGAGUUCAAGAAGUGAGCUGCAUAUUAGCUACAUGAAUGGAUUUAAUUUCCUGUUUUUUUGUUUUUUGGUUCAAUUUCUAUGUUUUUGGUUGAGUGAUUUGUAGCUUUUUUAAUGGAAAUCUGAAGAAACAAUUCCUCAAGAAGUGUUGAAUGUGAGGUGGUGUAGUUGCAACUUGCAACGAACAUUUUAGGCUAUAAUUUUGAGGCAUAAAUAGUAUUUAUGUGCA